GUCCCACCUCCAACCCUCUCUUAUCACUCUAGCUUACAACAACACACCAUAUGAACAAAUCUAUUUCAUUGCCAUAUACACAUACACAAACAUACAUGCAUACUACAAUUGCAAGAAUAAACUGUCCCCUCUGUCUUACUUACCCUGCAAUCGCAUUUGCUACCUUCAACAGUUCAGCGGAAGUUGUGUCACAAAUUGUCUUGUAGCCAUCGCAAACAAGUCGAUCGCAAUACAAAUAAAUCCCCUCCGAGCGCAUACCUAUACCCUCCUUCCGACUUUGCAUUUCCUCAAUCCGGGCGCAUCUGAUUUCCAAUACUACUCGUAUAUCUGCGAUUCCCUAGAGGAAGUACUAGCGGUCGCGCAGGCCUAAGCAGGCUCGCAAUUAAUUCCAUUAUUCCUGAGCUCGGCACAGAAUUGGAAAAUUACACAUUCCCCUCUACGAGAUACACAAAAUUAAAACCUAUGGCUUCCACUAGUUCAUUCGACGAUGCGUCGACUCCACCCGAUGUUUCUACUACAGUCCAACUCACUCAAAGUCUUGCCUCAUCUCAAGAUGAAGAACCGAGUCACUUACCUUCAACAUCUCUCUUGUUAGCCGGUAACUCGCAAGUUGAAAUCAGAGAAUCGGAGUGCGAUGACUCCUUAGCAGCAAGGGAUACGUUGACGCGAAUUUCGUCAUUCGGUCGACAUAUUUCAUCGUCAACGACUCCUCCACCAUCAUCUCAAAUAUCAAACAUUCAUCAAUCGCUCCCAAAUCAAAGAAACUCAACAACUUCGCCAUCUGAUCUUGGCUCUUCACAUGCCACAGAUUCAAAUGAAAUCAAGGCAGCUUCUGUUCCUUAUAUCGCCCGAGUACCGACUGCUCAAGAGAUUGCGGACGCGUCUACAGAAGAAAAGACAGAAAUGAUAAAGAUGCUGAUUUCCGACAACGGCAAAUUAGAGAACGCAAUUCGAGAAUCUCGUAUGGAACAAGCGCAUUGCAAAUUGCAGAAUACGCUUCUAGCCCUAGAGUCUGAAGAAGCCAUUAAGCAUUUGGAGGCAGAACAUGAAUUGACGCGUCGAGAAGUCCAGGUCUUAAAACUUGCAUUUCAAGGGAGAAGCGAUCCCCACGCACCCAGUCCGGAGUAUGUUUCAAGGCUCAGGGUCAUCUGUAAGAGCUUGGAAACAGAGAACAAAACCAUCAAACGUCGUCUUGAAAGAGCCAAGAAAGUAAUAGAGGCAAGGGACGAUCAAUUGGAGGCUGCUAGUGAGACAAAUGAUCGUCUCACUCAGCGUAUUCGCGAAAAUCGAGAGCACGUCAACAUUAUGCGCAGUCCUGGAGGCUUCUUUCAUGUUGCUACGCCAAAGAUAUCACACAACAGCUACCCAGCUACUCCGCAACAGUACCGUCGAACGCCACAUCAGACUCCCGUGACCAGUCGCUCAAUCGCUGAAUCUCGCGAACAUGGCCAAGAACCCGGAUUCGCUGCUCUCUUAGCUGCCGCUCACCAUGAAAACAAUAGCGCACCGUCCACUCCUCUCAUCGGCCAACGUUCUGGUCCACGCACACCAGUCAAUAGGCAUAAUCGUGGUGUUCAAUCCCUCUCUUCAUUACCUGCGACACCCCCUUCGGCUCGUCCAGGCACUGCGCAGUCAACACUUCUUCCCUCUGCACAAUUCAUACCACACAGUGCCUCUCGGUCAGCUUACACCAACCGCACCCCGAAACUCCCACCUCGCGAGCGUCGACGUGAAAGUCGGGAUAGCACCAUUUCAGCUGAGGAUGUUGAGGAGUUUAGUCACUCUAGAUUUGAAGGACGUGGACGUGGAAGUGGGGACUAUGAAGAAAUACAAGAAAGCCGAGCCGCUCAAAGUGCAAACGAGAUGCUACGCGCCAAUCCUCGUGAAUCUUUUGAGGUUGCACCUUCUAGAACCAAUACUCCAAAUCCUGUUACAGCAAAGAGUGAACUUUUACAGUCCAAGAUCUGGGGAACUGUCACUAAACCGGUAGUUGAGAAGAGAAAACGUGAUGAUCAUUAUUCUUCUGGCCAUUCGAACAAGAAAUCGAGGGCUUCAGAACCUAUUGGCCUUGGUAUUGGUUACGAGGCACCCCAGGUUUAAGGUCUAAUUCCUUGAUGGCCACCAAUUUGUGGGAACGAAUUUGUGUCUUGAGAAGUUUUUGUAAGAUAGAAAAUCUUUACAUCGUUCUUGUCAUUUUAUCAUUUCAUACUUCUUUGUAGACCAAUAUGUUCUAUUUAUCUCAUGUCUAACUCUUUCAUUGCUCGAACAAGAAACGUCAAGCAUGUCUAAGAUACCUAGGUAAUUAAAGGAAGCGUGGUGUAGCAUGCUAGAAAGAAUAUUUUAUUCUCGCAACUGAAUUGUUUUGGUAUUUGACCAGGGGAAGUUGUUGGGUAAAGCAAGGAGAAUUUUAGCGAACAUUUGCCAACCUGAAGUCUGCUGAAUGCCUAGCCAAUGAAUUUAAUGCCCCUUAAGAAUCUCUAUAACGUUCUCAAAUGAUUCCUACGUGUCAAUUCACUGCCCUUUUUCCAGCCCGCCUCGUACAACCGUCACUUAUAAGACUGCUUGCUGUCUUCAGAAUCAAUAUGGCAGCGGUCUGUACGCGUCAACAUGUCCUCAAAGCCUCCUGCAAGCCAUCUUCGGGUUGCAGGCCAAACCAUCUUGCUGACAGACGGCAGUACUUGAUACCGAUGCUGACGUUAGAUACCUGGGUAUGGAGAAAUCAUGUGUGAGAUUACACGGUUUAGAAGUAGAUAUAUGCAUAUUUAGUCUUGAUAGGAAUUGAGUCGGUUAGAGGUGUUGCUCACUGAGAGAUUGAAAUAGAUGUAUAGAUACAUAGAUGUAUAGAUGGGUGUGCCUGGUAUAAAUAUCAGUCAGUCA